CCUCUCAACUGCUUAUAUUUGCUCUCGUACACACUAUAUCCCUCACUUAUUCCACAAUCCACACUUCCAAAAACCUCUAAUCAGGAUGCAUCGCACAUACUCUAUGCGCACGUCACGCGCUCCAACCCAGGAGCAGCUACGCAACCCUCCUCCACCUACCUCGUCCACCAAGUCCGGCCGACUGUUUGGAAAGGUCAACUUCGCCCACUCUGUUCGCAAAAAUGCUAGCGGUGCUUUCGGUCCAGAUCUUGCGAAGAAGCUCUCGCAAUUGGUAAAGAUGGAGAAGAACACUAUGCGCAGCAUGGAACUUGUUAGCCGUGAACGCAUGGAGGUCGCUCAACAACUUUCAAUCUGGGGUGAGGCUUGUGAUGACGACGUCUCCGAUGUUACCGACAAGCUUGGUGUCUUGAUUUACGAGAUCGGUGAGCUUGAGGACCAGUUUGUGGACAAGUACGACCAAUACCGCGUAACGAUCAAGAGCAUUCGCAAUAUUGAAGCUUCUGUACAGCCAAGCCGUGACCGCAAGCAGAAGAUUACCGACCAGAUCGCCCAGCUAAAGUAUAAGGAACCUAACUCUCCAAAAAUUGUUGUUCUCGAGCAGGAGCUUGUUCGCGCGGAGGCUGAAUCGCUCGUUGCCGAGGCCCAGCUGUCAAACAUUACUCGCGAGAAGCUCAAGGCUGCAUUCACAUACCAGUUUGACGCUCUCCGUGAACACUGCGAGAAGCUUGCAAUUAUCGCUGGCUACGGAAAGCAUCUUCUCGAGCUCGUCGACGACACCCCCGUCACACCAGGCGAGACUCGUCAGGCCUAUGAUGGCUAUGAGACUAGCAAGGCCAUCAUACAAGAUUGCGAGGAAGCGCUCGUCAAUUGGGUCUCUGAUGAAGCUGUGAUUACAUCUAAUCUAUCCCAACGCACUCGUGCCUCGUCUCAGCGCCGUGCUCCAAAGCAGCAAGAAACUUAUGGUGUUGAUUUAGUCGACGGGGAGGGCUCCGAAUUUCACAACGAUGACCAGUCCUCCGUGGUGCCCGAGCACCGUGGACGUGAGCAGGAUCGCGAAAUCGCGGCAUAGUUGAAUUAUACCAUAUGAUACCAUUAUCAAAUCUUAAUAGUUUGUUG